CGACCGGUACACAAUCGGUGUAAUUGUAUCGAAGGUGAACGAAUCUCCAGAGAAUGGUGAAGUUGACGUUGUUGGUGGCGUUAUUAGGCGCAAUUUGCGUGGUCUGUGGGGCGUCCCUCGCAGGAACUCGCACCGCCGACAUGGACUUCCUCCACAAGCAGAAGAAGAUCUUCGAUCUGUUGCUCUACAUGAAACAGACAGACCUGAGCGAUGCCGAGUGGUACGACACAGGGAGAAACUAUAACGUGGAGACUAACAUCGACAUGUACAGAGACAAGAAUGUCGUGCAAAAGUUCCUCUGGUGGUGGAAGCAAGGGAUGUUCCUUGACCAAGGUGCCAUCUUCACGCCGUUCAACUCCGAGCAGAAGUACGAGAUGAAAAUGCUUUUCGAGCUGUUCUACAACGCGAAGGACUUCCAGACGUUCUACAAAACGGCUAGCUGGGCCCGAAUUCACACGAACAACGGCAUGUUCACUUCCGCGUUCACCGCCGCCGUGCUCUACAGAAACGACUGCAGAUACAUAAGAUUGCCAGCGAUCUAUGAAAUCUAUCCUAAUUAUUUCUUCGACUCGGGCGUGAUAGAAGAGGCGCAGAACUUGAAGAUGUCUCGAGGAUCUGGUGCUGCAGCCGGGAUGAACAACAUCGAGACGUACCUGGUGAUGGCGAAUUAUUCGAGCAAAUACAUGACGCCGUACAUGGACGAGGAAUACAAGCUUGACUAUUUCAUGGAAGACGUCGGAAUAAACGCGUACUACUACUACAUGCGGCAGAUGUUCCCCUUCUGGAUGCCGAGCAGCAAAUACAGUAUGCCCAAAGACAUACGUGGACAGUUGUACUACUUCUUCCACCAGCAAUUAUUGGCUAGGUACUUCCUCGAACGAAUGUCGAACGGCCUUGGUAAAAUCGAAGACUUCGACUGGAACAAGCCCAUCUAUCCCGGCUACUACUCGACGAUGACGUACCUCAAUGGCGUGCACUUCCCACAGAGAGACAGAUUCUCGGCGAUACCUUACUACAAAUACAAGUAUCUUAAGGAAAUCAACGCCCUGGAGUUCCGUAUAAUGAACGCUAUCGACUCUGGCUACAUGUUGAGCGAGACCGGGAAGAGACUCGACCUCUACACGUCGGAGGGUCUGAACAUGCUCGGCAACGUGAUAGAAGGAAAUGCCGACUCUUGCAACAACAGAUUCUACGGAAUGUAUGACGCCCUCGCCCGCGACAUCCUUGGCUUCAACUUCGACUUCCAGAACAAAAACAAAGUGAUCCCCAGCGUCCUUCAGAGUUACUCCACCAGCAUGAGAGAUCCAGCUUUCUACAUGCUUUACAAGAAGAUUGUCUCCUAUUUCCUCAGAUACAAGAAGUUCCAGCCCCAAUAUUCUCAGAGCGAGCUGCAACUGCCAGGCGUGAAAUUCGAGUCCGUGAACAUCGACAAACUGUACACGUUCUUCGACACCUGCGACACACUGAUCAACAACGCGGUGUCAGUGGAGAACUUCAAGGGUGGGCUGUAUCCUCGUCUGAAGGCGCGCCGUGCCUGUCUCAACUACCAGCCGUUCACCUACAACAUAAACAUCAAGUCCGACAAGGAGCUGAAGGGAACGCUGAGGAUCUUCCUCGGGCCGGCCUUCGACGAAGUCAAACAGGACGCGAUCUACUUGCAGAAGUACUACUUCUACUUCGUCGAGAUGGACCGAUUCCCGGUGAAACUUCGUCCUGGAAGCAACAGCAUCGAGCGUCACAGUUCCGAGUCGUUCUUCACGGCACCCAAGCAGAUGUCCAGCGAGCAGUACUACGAAAAAUUGAACAAGGCGAUCAGCGGAAGCGAGCCGUUCACGUACACCGAGAGGAUAUUCGGCUUCCCGGAACGUCUCACACUGCCACGCGGUAAACCAGAGGGCAUGAGGUUCAAGAUGUUCUUCUUCCUCAGCCCGUUGGAAGAAGGUGGUAUCAACACGUACGAGUUGCCUCUGAUCGGCAAAUUAACGUACGACGGCAGGCCAUUCGGAUUCCCGCUGGACCGACCCACGUGGUGGAACUUCACCAUUCCCAACAUGUACUUCAAAGACGUGUACAUCUACAACCGCCCGUACGAGAAGGAAAAGCUGAAUUAUUGAACUGAUUGUAAUUUGUUUUAAAUGAAGAGGCGAGGGGGGAGAGGUUGGUUCUCCCUACAUCUGUCGACGACGUUGCAAACCACUUUUUGAUAAUAAAGAAUUCUGAAUGAAGCGAA